CAUUGGUCCCGCUGCACCGGGCCUGCUGGGCUCCGCUUCCGUUCCACCGCUCAGCUGCCGCCUCGUGGGGCCACCAAGGGCAGGCAUCCCAGGGGCUUUGUCUGACUGGACUGGGCCAGUGCAGAAUGGGGGUUCUGGAAGGGCUGUUCGGGAUGCUGGGCUUCCUGGGGGUGGCCCUGGGGGGCUCCCCUGCCCUCCACUGGUACAGGACCUCCUGCCACUUGACCAAGCCCGUCCCUGGCAACCCACUGGGGUCCCUGAGCUUCCUGGCCAAGGAUGCUCAGGGACUGGCCCUGAUCCAUGCCCGCUGGGAUGCGCAUAGGAGGCUGCAGGCAUGUAGCUGGGAGGAUGAGCCGGAGCUCACCGCAGCCUACGGUGCCCUCUGUUCUCAUGACAUUGCCCGGAGCUCCUUCAUCCACGCCCCUGGACCUGAGCUGCAGAGAGCACUGGCCACUCUUCCGAGUCAGUGGGAGGCAUGCCGAGGGCCUGAGGAGAGUCCAGCAGGGGCUAGGAAGAAGCGAGCAGCAGGGCAGAGUGGAGUCCCUGGUGGAGGGCACCAGCGAGGGAAGAGAGGAUGGACCAUGCCUGGCACACUGUGGUGUGGAGUUGGAGACUCUGCUGGGAACUCCUCAGAGCUGGGGGUCUUCCAGGGACCUGAUCUCUGUUGCCGGGAACAUGACCGCUGCCCACAGAACAUCUCACCCUUGCAGUACAACUAUGGCAUCCGAAACUACCGAUUCCACACCAUCUCCCACUGUGACUGUGACACCAGGUUCCAGCAAUGCCUGCAGAACCAGCGCGACUCCAUCUCCGACAUCGUGGGCGUGGCCUUCUUCAACGUGCUGGAGAUCCCCUGCUUUGUGCUGGAGGAGCAGGAGGAGUGUGUGGCGUGGUACUGGUGGGGCGGGUGUAGGACGUAUGGCACAGUGCCCCUCGCUCGCCUUCGGCCCAGGACCUUCUACAAUGCCUCCUGGAGCUCCUGGGCCACCUCCCCAACUCCCAGCUCCCAGAGCCCAGCCCCUCCCAAGCCUCGACAGAAGCAGCACCUUCAGAAGUGGCCACCACAGCAGAAAGGGUCCAAGCACCCCAGCAAAGCCAACACCACCGUCCUCCAGGACCCUAUGGUCUCUCCCAGGCUUGAUGUGGCCCCCACAGGCCUUCAGGGCCCACAGGGUGGCCUAAAACCUCAGGGUGCCCACCGGGUCUGCCGCAGCUUUCGCCGCCACCUGGACCAGUGUGAGCACCAGAUUGGACCCCAGGAAAUCAAGUUCCAGCUGCUCAACAGCGCCCAAGAGCCCCUCUUCCACUGCAACUGCACACGCCGUCUGGCACGCUUCCUGAGGCUCCACAGCCCAUCUGAGGUUACCAACAUGCUUUGGGAGCUGCUGGGCACAACCUGCUUCAAGCUGGCCCCUCCACUGGACUGUGUGGAAGGCAAAGACUGUUCCAGAGACCCUAGGGCCAUCAAGGUGUCAGCCCGGCACUUGCGGAGGCUUCAGCAGAGGCUACGCCAGCUCCAGCAUAAAGGCACAGACGAGAGGCAGGCAUGGCCUUCAGAGCCCCCGAGAGGCCCCGUGUCAUUCUACAACCAGUGCCUGCAGCUAACCCAGGCAGCCAGGAGACCCGACGGGCAGCAGAAAUCCUGGAGCCAGUGACCUCAGUUUCAGCUUUCCUGGGUACCAGCCUGGACCUUGCCCGUGGCUUUGCCAGGCGCUGGGAAUCUCAGCCUUCCCUCCAUAGGUUACACUGAAGCAUGGCAGAGGCUGUUGUGGACAAUCAAGAGGCUGAAUGGGGGGAUCUCAAGGCCCAAAUGCUGGAGCACAU